AUGCAUCCGGAAGAGGCAUUGGACGUCGUGGAUCUGCGAACAGAAGCCGAUGACCAGGCAGAGCCAAUUGAACUUCCGCCUCCGCCUCCUCCUGAACCUCCUCCCGUCCCUCCGCCUCCGCCCGCGCCGCCUGGGCAAUCUCCAGCAACUGCGCCCUCCAAGCCUUCAGGGCAUAAAAGCACGAGAGGCAGCCCUUUCACGGUGAUCACGACGGAUUGUGUGGGGAAGCAUGCGAAGGACUUGUUUUCACAUGUUGCUGCGAGCCUUGGCUGGCGGGAAGUGGACAUCGCAUCAGCGACGGCGGAUGAAGCCAAGAAGCGGCCCGUGAUCUUCUGCGUUAUGCAGACCUCAGACUUGCUGAAACGCUGGUCCCAACUUGGCCCACGGAGCUGGGUGUCGCGAUACUUCGGAGCUCCGGAGUUGUGUGAUAAGGGGAACUUGGCACGAAUGAUUAGAUCUUGUCAAUGCCUGUGUCCUGAGGGACAUUUCCAAUUCAAUCCACGCACCUGGGUUUUGCCAGAGCAACUGGAAGAGCUUCGCAGUGUUUUGGAGAAGUCCAAGAGUACCUACAUCGUGAAACCGGAAGAUGGCUCGCAGGGCGACGGCAUUUUCUUGGUGCAAGGUUUGCAUCAGCUGGACAUUAAGCUUUCUGCACAAAGUGGAGCGGCGGUGGUGCAGAAGUACAUCAGCAAACCUUUACUUCUCCAUGGGCUCAAGUUUGACCUUCGCAUGUAUGUUUGCCUGGCGGGCGGCUCGUCCACUGAACCUCCUGCAGCUUGGCUUUGCCGCGAGGGCCUUGCGCGCUUCUGCACGGAGGCCUACGAGCAGCCGUCAAAGCGGAACAUGCAUCGGUGCAUGGGACAUUUGACAAACUAUUCGCUGAACAAGCGCAGCAGCAAGUUCGAGCACUGUGGCCAAUCAGUGGAGGAAGUCUACAGUGACGCCAACACUGCGUCAAAGCGACCUCUCACAGUCUGCCUGCGGCAGCUCUGCCAUGAAUAUCCUGACUUCGAUGCUGAGGCAUUCUAUGCUGACGCGCUCGGGAUGGCCCAGAAAAUCCUUGGCAUCAUUGCGCCCACGUUGACAUGUCAUUAUCGACAGCGCGGCAGUUCCGAUGAGAUGAGAUGCUUUCAGGUUUUGGGCUUCGACGUUAUGCUUGGCCAUGAUUUCAAGGCGUAUUUGCUGGAGGUGAAUAAUUCGCCUUCGAUCAGUAUUGAUGAAGCGCUUCCCGUUGAACCAGAUAUGGGUGAAGAGAAGCGUUGCAGGUGCAUGGACAUGGCUGAAGUGCACCGUCAUCAGACGUCACUGGUGGACUUGGAGGUAAAGUCUGCAGUUAUGCGCGAAACUUUCCAGGCCUUGCUUGGGAUCGACACGGACGGCGGCGUCGAGUCUGAGAAUUUCAUUCCUAUCUCGGUAAGCAACGACAGCCUCUGGCAACUUUUGGCCCGAGUCGAGGCACUCUACUAUCAAGCCGGAGGAGAUCUAAGUGACCUUCUGUCUCUUGCGCUUUCGCUGUGCUUUCGUGUGUUGAGUGGCGUGUCCUUGCCUGCAUGUACUCGUAGGAGCCUCCAAGUCCUUCACCAGCACUGGCCUCCGACGUACUUUCGGGUCUUUGUGCGGUACAGGUGGUUUGGAAAAGCAGGACUUGGACAUGCUGUCUCAGCGCUGCAGAUCCACUCGCUUU